GAAGCAAGAUGGCGGAGAAAGGGGAUUUUAGAGGUUAUCCAUCGGUAUAAAUUUCAGAUCGUUACAUAACCCUUAGGCAACAGAUGGGUUAUCUCACUAAGCCUUUUUGAAAAUAUCCGAACGAUUAAUUUUUUUCAUUAGUUAUAUUACGUUCUGAAACAGCGACCGAAGGCAAAUUCGAAUCAUUCAUCAGAUGACGUCACUCGGUGAUACAUUGCGGAUGUUUCCUUACCAUGGCGGUAACUACGCUUGAUAAGUCAAAUAUCGAAAUAUCGUAUCAUCGAAUGUUCAAAUAACUGGUAUAUUAUAGUCUUCUAGGGAUUUUAGUUUGUAGUAUAAUCACAAUGAAUACCAAUAUUUUCUUAAAUGAAAUUGGCACUUGAUCAAAGAAGUCAAAUUAUACCAAAUUCACGAAGUCCAAGAAGGAGCCGAUCAUUCUUAAUUUACGUCAAAUCCCUUGGCAAACAAUGAAUACUGAAGAACUGGAACUGCUUUCUGACUCCAAGUACCGUCAAUUUAUCAAUGCUGUCGAAAAGGCACUGAGGAGCUUCGAAUAUUCGAGCGAGUGGGCAGAUCUUAUUUCUGCUCUUGGAAAGUUAAACAAGGUAUUACAAAAUCACACAAAAUUCAAAGUGUUGCCAAGAAAGCUCACCAUUGGAAAAAGACUUGCUCAAUGCAUGCAUCCCACUCUACCAAGUGGCGUGCAUCUCAAAGCACUGGAAACAUAUGAACUCAUCUUCAAACGCAUUGGUCACAAAGGUCUGGCACAAGAUUUAUUCAUUUAUAGUGCUGGACUUUUUCCCUUACUGGGAAAUGCUGCUAUGUCAACAAGGCCAGUUUUGAUGAACAUGUAUGAGAAUUACUUCCUUCCUCUUGGUAAAGCCUUGCUCCCAGGACUGUCUGGGCUUCUGUUGGGUCUUUUGCCAGGAAUUGAAGAAGGAUCUGAAUAUACUGACAGGACUAUUUCACUCCUAGGCUCCUUCAGUGAGAACACAGACAAGAAUAUUUUCUACACUACUCUCUGGGGAUGUGUUUAUUCAUCAGCAAGUAUCCGCCUGCCCGCUGUCACUUUUAUAAUGACGCGGCUGAAUAAGAAGGGAGCAGGAAAGCAAAAGUAUAUCUUAGGAAAUGAUAUACCACUCUUGGUGCAGGCAGUCAGCGCUGCAUUAAGAGACAACAGUCUACUAGUCCAGCGGAAUAUGCUUGAUUUUCUUCUACUUUUUCUUCCGGUGAACACGACAUAUCUUUCGUCCAACGAAAAAGUGACGCUUGUGGCUUCCGGUUUAGAGGUGUUGUUACGACGAGACAUGUCUUUAAAUAGGCGGCUGUACACGUGGCUUUUAGGAACAAACUCAGCCAAGACUGAAUCUGCUUCCAGAACUGAUAGUGUUUGCAGUAACGAUGCAGAUCCUGAAGAACCCCAAGAGACAUUCUUCAGCAUGCAUUCGAGGCCGCUUGUGAUCGAAGGUGUGCGAAAGAUUUUCCAAACUCAAACGAGUAUCGAUAGAGAAGCCACAAAUGGUGCUAAAAAAUUGCAAAGACUACAAGUGCUGAAACCGUUUCGAAUAUUAAUCAGUCUUUUGGACAAACCUGAAAUUGGCGGAUCUAUCUUAGAAGAUGUUUUACUUGAUGUUUUUAGAGCGUUGUAUAGUCAAUGUAAAGUUCUCAAAGAAAAUGGCGCUGCAUUUGAAGAGACUGAUCGAAAAGAUUCUUUUGACAAUGUAGCUGUUGAAAGUGGCGCGGCUAGAACCGAUUCUGCAAAGACAAAGCUUAUUGAUGAACUGAUCAAAACUGCAAACUUACUCUUCAACGCCUUUGAGCCUUACUUUAUGUGGGAAUAUAUCGCAAAGUUGCUCUCUGACUGCGACAAAUCAUCGGAAGCUGGCCGCAAAGACUGCAACGGCAAGGGGUGUGAAUUUACUGCAAAAGUAUCAGUCACAAGCUGGUCUGAAGUGUUUCGUUUGACGGAUUUCAUUUUAGAUGUUGUUACUCUGGAGGCAGAUGUGGAGAUACAAACGGAGCACUGGCCUGAACUUUUGCGCAGGAUAACGAUGGAAAUGACCAAAUGCUGUGACACCAUGACACUGGGAGAUGUCAAAGAAGGAAUAUCACUGUGCUCCAGACUUCUCUCUAAGGUGAUGCCAUCUAUGAAGACCGUCGAGAAAGAGAGGACUGAGCCUGAACUAUCUGUGAACAGUGAAAAUCGCAAAAAGGAGUUGGAAAGCUCGUCUGAACAUGAUAUGAACGAGUGGGGUGUUAUAGAGUUAAAAGGAACACGAGACAGAAGCAGACGCAGUGACAUGCCUUCAGAGACGUCACUGGAAAAUUCUCCAGAGGGAGUCGUUAAAGAAGCGCCCGAUAGCGAGGUCUUCAAGGAAGAGGGUAACAAAAUCGAAUCGCUUGUUGCAGCGGGUGAGAAAGAAAUGGUAGCUAUGGCCGAGCACUAUAAUGGUGAAGCUGAUGCAGCAAAUGUUAAUGACACUGAUACACAAGACGAACUGGACGAAUGGAGCGACUUCCAAGAAGGCGAAUCUUCGAGUGAGUUAACCGCCACGAAUCCGGAAAGCAACGAGGAAGAUUCAAGCCGAGAACAAAAAUCGACUCUAGCUGACAGAUCCGAGGAGAAGAAGCUUUCAAAAGACACAAAGCGCUUGUUUCAACCCUCUCUUAUUCAAGCCUGCGUGAAAUAUUUUCAGAAUUUUUACGCCAAGUUUUGUGUGCAGCGAGUGCUAAAACAUGUCAGCUCAUUCUGCUUUAGCGACGAAACCGUUGGAGGUAUUUUAAACAAAGAAUGCCACACAGCUUUACGUGCAAGUGGAAUUGUUAAUGAUGCCAUGUGGAAACAAAUCAAAGAAGGAAAAACCAAUCGUGUGGAUAAAUUCGUACGUGACACUUAUAAACCACAAUCGAACCUGAAAGGAAGAAGUAGCGUUGCUGGACCAACUGCGCUUGUUUCCUCCUUCAGAUCGGUACAGUCUUACAAGAGUUGUGCGGAGGCGUUUGCAGCAGCUUGUAAACUGUUGUUGGAGCUCUCUUGUUUUCCAGUCUGGGCUGGCAACGAAUCUAAAUCAGAGAAAUCAGCAACAGAUGGCAAUGAAGACUCAAAUCUUCCAGAAUGGCUACAGUCGUUAAUCAUGUGUUGUUUUGAGGUCAGCGAGUUUGACAUCCAGAGUUCGGCUGUUGGUACACUGUUGGAUUUAAUAAACUUGACAUUGUCAGUCAAUGCUGGCCACGCCCAUGGACUCAAGUCAUCUGCUCCAGUAGUUGUCGUCCCUAUGAUUUCCCAGCAAGCUCUUGGGGUGAUAGAGAAGUCGGGUUUGUACGAGGUGAUAGCAGAAAGCUUGUGGGAUCAGUUGAAAGAAGACACAACACAGUUUCAUCAGAGAAUCGUCGAAUUAUUUCUCCAACUUCACAACUUGACCGCAUCGCCAUCACUUUGUGCAAAUGUUAUUGGGAACUCUUUGAUAGAUAUCAGCAAGGAGGUAUCUUUGCAAGGUCAUUGGAAAUUCGCUGUUUUUUGGCACGUAGCAAGAAAUGUCGUCAUUCAGGAUUCUGGUAGAUCAUCAAGACUCGGAGAAUUUCGAACCCUUGACAGGGCGUUAUUUAUCAUGGUCGAUAGUCUGCAAAAUGAAGAACCAGAGAUAAGGGUUUUGACGCAACACUGGCUCGCACAUGCGUUGCAGCACGGGGACCUGGGACGAAUCAUUGAUCCUCUUCUUCUUUUGUUACUCCAUCCAGUCACAGCGCGAGUUUCAAUUCACUAUUUGUAUCAACUGUUCGAUUCCAGAAUGGCCAAUAUAUUGUCCGAUACCAAAAGAAAGGAGACAAAAACGUUCAACAACGUAAAAGUACAUUCAGUGAAAGAAAUUGAAAAUAACACAUCACCCAAACCGUCCAACGACAGAGUGAAGCAAAAACCGAAGGUAACUUCGGCGAAUAAUCGGGAAUCGGACGAAAGCAAAACAACCAGUCCAAGUGGACCGAGUGAAGCCGAACAUUCGACGGAUACUGACGGAGAUGGAGCCGAUGCAGAUGACGAAAAUGAAGAAAACGAUCCGACGAAAGAUAAACCAAAGGACACCGAACCAGUCAAAGCCCCACAGUCCCCUCCCCCGCGCAGAUCACAUGUGCACCCUCUUGACCAGCACAAAUUACUGUACAUCUUACAUUACGACUCGCAGUUAACUCUGUACGCCUUUACUACGUUACAGACAAUAUUAAUGCAUUCGCCUCACCAGUUUGUAUGCGCGUCAUCCACGACUAGCAUCAGUUCAUCGAACACGCCGCACCAGGAGAAGAUCAAGGAAUUAUUAAUCAGACACCGACGGUCCUUACUGGGGAAAGGAUUUUAUGGCGCUCUGUACGAGAGCCCUGUUUCUCCUUCAGCUUUUGGUUCUAUCUCAGGACCUGCUCACAGUGCACGACUGUUUGGAGGGCCCUUAAUGUAUCUCAAGCCCAGCAACAGCAAGUACCUUGAGGUGCUUAUCUCUGUAAGUUUGUAUUUCAUCCGAAGCGAGUAUUCCAGUCAUUUGCAAGUCCAACCUGAAGAUAUUGAUGGCAAUGUACAGGUGCAACUAGCUAGCACUGAACUGCUACUCGGUGUAAUGUGGCAACUGGUUGAGGUUGUAAAGGAAAGCGGUGCUGGAUUUGGAACAUAUAUCAGUGACUUGUUCUCACGCUGCAAGGUUCAAAAAGCCCUACUUCAUUGUCUUCUUUCGACGCUGUACGAGCGAACGGGUGUAAGGACUUCCAGCAAAGCAACCUCGCCUACCCUGACAUCCGGUCACUUGCACGUGAGUUCGGAAAUUAGCCAAUCACAAGCGCGAGCUUUCCAGAUCAAACUUAUUAAACUUGUCCAAGCGGUUCUGAUUCUCGAGUCAAACAUCCACACUGCUGUAGCCAUCUCUCAAGAGACAGCUGCUGGUCACGGGACUCCACCCCCGAGCAAACCCGAAAGUCCUGCGAAGGUUUCCGACGAUGCGAAAGUGACGCAGUCAUCCCAUCGGUACAUCCCCGGGAAAUCUUUGGCAGAGCAGGGUAUGUUACUGUCAUCGGUUCUUCAUGGGCUCAGAAAUGAUGAGCCCGAUAUGCACUAUGAGUGGUUGCAGUUCGUGAUAACGUGCUUGUCACACUUGGGAAUGCAAUUGCGCACGUGGGUGGUGCCUGUCGUCGAACAUUUGUGCCGAAUUCUGGAGCGACUGACGACUGUUUACGCCAAGGAUAAGGAUUCUAGGACUUCUAGAAGAGACGGUAACGAUGAAUUUGGCAAAAGACGCCUUGAUGCAGAUGGCUCUAGUAUUCCUCCAGACUAUAUGGUAACCUUACUGGAAAGCUUAGCGUCGAUCUGUCACUCCUGUCUGCGCGACAAUACGACUCCCCAGACACCAGUCCUCUCUCUGAAGCCUCGGGCAGGUCGGUCUAACUCUUCUCCAAAUGUGUCUGCUAAUCCUGAUCCCAACCAGUCCAGUACGGGCUCGAAUCAAAUCUUUACCAAUCUGCUACACGCGUUUUCGGUCCAGUCAGCGCCCGUUAGUGAUGUACCGAGUGUGGAGGUCCCAAAGAACAUUUUAGACGCGCGUGAAGGACUCCUGAGUGUCCUUCCCAAGAUUCUGUCCUCUCUGUUUACCGUGUGGAGCACUUGGAGCCCGCAGAGAGCUGAUUCAACUGGCCAGCGGCUACCAUCUGAAUGGUCGCUCAACUUGAUGGGAAGUCCAAAGGCUGUGCGACAACAAAUUCUGCAACUGCUGACUCCGAUCACCAUGAAUCAUACCAUCGUGUUCCUAGCCUCGCUUGCAGAUGUUUGGUACCAAAGGCGAAGGCGAGAGGGAUCUGGAGUAAAGUCCGUCAGAGCUGUUCCAGUGGCGUCUGAAGAUCAGAUAAUUGUGGUAGAUAUCGUUUAUGCUAUCAAGGCGUUGUCUGUCGAAGAAAUGAUUGACAACGUUAAACAAAUCGUGCGUCAAGUUGUCACAAGCAAAGACAAGACUACGCCUACUCAGGCUGGCCUGGAAGUCAACAUACUACAGUUUUUGUUCGAGUAUUUGCAUAAGGCCUCAGAAAGCCAUUUAAUUCUUGUACGUUCGUCUCUGCUAUCUCUCAUGAAGGAAGGACUUCAACUCAAUUUUCCUCCAGCUCUCUUUCUGUUGUUGAUUAUUCUUCGAUCUUACGUGGAGAAUAUUCCCUUACAAGAGGAUAAGAAGGUCCGAAAGGAGUUACAGGACAUAACGCAGCGUCUUGUAGAAGCGUGCAACACGGUGGCGGGAUCGUCCCUGGAAAACGCCGCCUGGUUCAGAAGGACUCUGGCUGUCAUCCCACAACCGGAAGUCCCUUCAGACCAAUCAAGUAACAUGGAUUCUGAAACUUCCGAAGCUGAGCCUGCGGCACCACCUACAAGUGUGCCGAGUGGUAGCACCGCAAGCAAUACUAGCAGCUAUAGUACUCAAGCCCUUUACGUAUUGGCCGAGGUUCUUGCCCCAGUUUUGGACAUGGUGUUUGGAAGCGACGAGAAGGAACGAAUGACGAGUUUUCUUACGACUGUGAUGUACAAUGUGACUCCGUUUCUCAAAAAUCACAGUCCACACAACGUACCCAGCUUCCGCGCAUGCUGUAACCUCUUAGCUUCCUUAAGUGGGUACCAGUACACUCGACGUGCCUGGAAAAAAGAGGUUAUGGAGCUAUUACUGGACCCGAGUUUCUUCCAGAUGGAUAUCUCGUGUAUUGGAAGUUGGCGAACGAUUAUUGACAACUUGAUGACGCAAGACAAUACGUCAUUUAAAGAGCUGAUGGCACGAGUGGCUGGGUUGAGUCAAAGUGCUUCUAUUAACAUCUUUGCUAACAGGGAACAGGAAAUGGAGCAGCGUGCUCAGCUUUUAAAGAAGCUGUCGUUUACAAUUUUCUGCAGCGAGGUGGAUCAGUACCAGUACGUUCUGCCAGAAAUACAGGAACGGCUCGCUGAGAGCCUGAGACUACCUCAGUCUCCAGUUGUACACGAGCAAAUCUUCCUGUUUUUCCGUGUGCUUAUUUUGCGCAUGUCGGCGCAGCAUCUGACACCACUGUGGCCGACGAUUGUAUCAGAAGUUGUACACGUGUUACUUCAAAUGGAAAGUGACCUGGGUUCUGACGGUAAGUCACACAAGCAGAGAAUGGUUAUAUCCGAAUUACUUCUCGGCUCAAAUGGGUAUGUGAACUACAGUCAGGAAAAGUGGCUUGGGUUGUACCUUGCGGUGUGUAAACUUCUCGAUCUGUCCCAGGCUCUGCCUAGUGAUUAUUUAUCACAGUUUCAACUCUAUCGCUGGGCGUUUGAAGGGGAAGCGUAUAACAUGACCGCUGGAGAGGAAAAGGUUCCAGUUUUUAAGCCUCAUAUCGCUCGUUUGGAAAAACUGCUUCAGAAGAGGAUAAGAGAUCAAGCUGAUGUAGAAGAGCUACAGCGUGUACCAGGAGAACCGUUGCUGACCAUGUACCAAAUCAAAUCUUUGGAUCAGCUGCUUCCCUUUUUUAAGUGUUUGUCUAGGGACAGGUACUCUGGCUGCGGCGAAAUGCGGGGCAAAAAUAGCAAGUCUAAAUCCUCGCAAAGUAAAAGUUUAUUGGAACGCGUUGUGGAAAGGGACUUCCUCGAACCUCUUGUGGUGGACUGAAUUCUUCAAAUGAAACACUUCACGGUGUGCACACCUUCGUGAUAUUCUUUAUUUAAAAUCCGCGUUGAUCCUCUCCAUUCUUAUUUUGGUUUACUUCUACAUCUUUGGUGUUUGUUUACGCCGGCAAAUGAUAAUCUUAAAGUUUUAUACGAUUUCAAUGCCACUGUAUUUGGCGCGUAUAUUGAUUCGAAGUAAUGUGAUGAACUGAGCCCCUUAACUAAAAUGUCCGUCUCUGCGAUCAGUGCGAUUUGUUCUGGUAAAGACCACAGGAA